AUGUCUAUAAAAGCAGAGAUUCAGGCUCUUCAUCUGGUAGCUUCUUUCUCAUCAUUAUCUUCAGCUUGGGUAAAAAAGACCAACCUCCAUAUCCGAAUACACACUAUGUACGAACAGCCACCUCAUCCCCUGAAGCAAAAUCUUCUCACAUAUCCUAACCAUCGCAUAGUACUCCCGAAACUAACAACCGACAAAAUGAAAUUCACCGCCGCGACCAUCAUAAGUACGGUCUACGCCUCCACCGCCUUUGCCAGUAACGUUAGCUGUGUUUACCAGAAAGGCACCAAGGGAGACCAUAUCGUUGGGCUUAAGGGUGCUGUUCAGGCGUACGGCGGGCAAUACCAUGUCUCUGGAAGAAGCGGCUCUACAUUUGCAACCUAUGGAAGCGCCAAACUGACACUACGUCGUACCGGUGAUCAUCCCUCGGUAAACAGCUAUACCGAUGCUACUACUGUCGCGAACAAAAUCCAAGAAAUCAUUGACUGCUGCUACAACCACGGAUACACUGAGUGUGUUGGAAACGGUGACAUCAUCUCCUUUUCUGACGGCGGCCAUAUCAACGUGAACGUUGCCCACAACUAG